GGAUUUGAAAGCUGCAAGGGAGGUUGGAGACUAGAUAUUUUUGUUCAAACAAGAUGACAUAAACGAAGUGAAAAGUUUAAACGAAUUCCCCAGUCAUGAAGCUGAGCAGUUAUUUCUCUGGAAGACCUCAACUCCUCUGGGGUAAUAAUUGAGUAUUCUAGGGCAAGGGUUUAGGUAAUGUUUUUCAGUUUUGUUUUGUUUUUAAUAUGAGAGGAAGGGAGACAUCAAUUGGCUGCCUCCUGCAUAUUCCCUACUGGGGAUUGAGCCUGCAACCCCCGCAUGUGUCCUGACUGGGAAUAUAAACAGAGACUUCUUGGUUCAUAGGUUCACGCUCAACCACCCAGCCACACCUGCUGGGCAUCAGUUUUGUUAUUUCUUUAGACACUGAGAAAAAGAAAAACUGAAAGAGGAAAAUUUUAUAGCAUCAAUUAUCCUAUAGGUUAACAGCCUCGAAUAUAUAUCAACAAGUUUAUUUAUACAUUCUCAAAUUUAUAACACCUAAAUAACUUCUGUUCUCUACAGAGAGGAUGAAGAAAGCCAGGACUGCGCCCCAUUCUCUAGGAUCUUGUCAGAUGAUUGGCUAAUAGACUAAUAAAAAUAGUAACUAGCAUUUACUGAGCUCUUACUAUGUGGUAGGCACAGGUGUAAAGUAAGCAUUUUACAAGUAUAAUCUCAUUUAGUCCUCAGAGCAACCUGAUGAAGUAGAUACUAUAGUUUGCCUAUUUGCAGAGGUAAAAUGACUUACCAAAAGCCGUACUACCAGCAAAUAUAGAGCCAACAUUAUAAACAGUCUUGUCUUCACAGCCUGUACCUAAAUAACUUACCUAAAAUCAGAGUAAGUGACAGAACUGGAUCCUAAAGAGUGAUGUGUAUGUAGGUUGUACUUAUAACUAUUUACUAUACUAGAAAUUAAAACUGAGAAAUUUAAAAUUUAUUCAUUUUAAAAUAACAUUUUGUGUAAAUAUUUUUAUAGAAAAAUAACUUUUUCAAGAUAACUUAAAAAUCAUAGAAAAGAAUGAUGUUGCUUCACAUUUUCAUAAAUUUCUUUAAUGUCUGGCUUAACAGAAAACCAUUGGAUUCUCAAAUUUGCUUCUGCAUUUAAACUAUUACAAUUUUAGUUUUGAAGUAUAUGAAGACAAUCCAGCCUCACUCAACUAUGUAGUUGGAGAAGGAAAGAGUAAUUUUUAUAGCCUUUCAGGUAAUUGUAGAUAUUCUUUUUAAUAACUACACUAAAAUUCAGCAAAUGGUAGCUUCUUAAAAAUUAGUUGCAAUGUGAAAUCUGAAAAUAUAUCAAUGAAUUUUUUUGUAGUACUCUAAUACAUUAAAAUCCAUUGGUCUACCUGGCACUUUAAAUGGAUCUUUUACCUAUAAACUAUGACAUGUGUUGGUGUCUUGGAAAAUGCCAGUUCACUUGAGCUAUGCAGUCUUCCAAAUGUUACCAGAUUUUAUUAUAUAUUUUUUAAAAUUACCACCAAUCUCAGAAAAAUCUUUUAAGUAUUGGAAAGCUGUCAAGUUCAUAGCACAGCAAAGUUUUCCAAAAUUCUACUUCUUUCUUGAAAAGGUGAGAUUUUACCACUGGCAACAAAUACUCUCCAUUGUUUUCCUUGCAGUGACAAGCUCACUUUGUUUUUGUGGGGACUCAGAAGAGCCAUCCCAUGAUGUGCCUUAAGUGUAUACAGGCUGUGACAGAACUUGGCUGGAGAUCCUGGCUAGAGAACCUGGCUAGGCUGCUGAUCAACUGAACGCUGUCUCCGUGUCAUCCCUUCUUUGCCGACUCCGUCCACACCUUUGGGAACCCCUGGACCUGCUGGGGUUGGACCCCAACAAACAGCUAUCAUCCAGAACCACGGGAAAGCUGGCCGAGUGGAAGUUCUACAACUAGAAGGAAAGAAAGACCCGCAUUGAGACUGAGUAGGAGGUGCAGAGGCCCAAGGACAGAGAUUCCAACCGAGAGAACAUGUCAUUCAGAUUCGGCCAACAUCUCAUCAAGCCCUCUGUGGUGUUUCUCAGGACAGAACUGUCCUUCGCCCUCGUGAACAGGAAACCUGUGGUCCCAGGGCAUGUCCUGGUGUGUCCCCUUCGGCCAGUGGAGCGCUUCCGAGACCUGCAUCCUGAUGAAGUGGCUGAUUUGUUUCAGGCCGCCCAGAGGGUCGGCACGGCGGUGGAAAAGCAUUUCCAGGGGACUUCUCUUACUUUUGCUAUGCAGGAUGGCCCCGAAGCCGGACAGACUGUGAAGCACGUUCAUAUCCAUGUUCUGCCCAGGAAGGCUGGAGACUUUCACAGGAAUGACAGCGUCUAUGAUGAGCUCCAGAAACAUGACAAAGAGGAAGCCGACUCCCCGGCCCUGUGGAGAUCGGAGGAGGAAAUGGCAGCAGAAGCCGGGGCGCUGCGGGCCUACUUUCAGUGAUGCAGGCAUGAAAAGCAACUCGAACAAAUCCCAAGGCAUAAGGAAAUGGGCCUGUUCUCAGGACUCUGCGGCAUUGGAAAUAAAGCCAAGCAGACUUUAUUACAUCCUCCAAUUCGGCAACCUUUUGCUCAGCAUUUUAUUGCCCUGCGGAAGCCACCCGGUUAUGUUUCAAUCACGAUGACUGACAGGCUAACUUCACCACCACGGCAUCGGCAGCCUUCUGCCCUCUUGGUCUGCACCCUCAGAACAGAGCCCUUUCUAAAUUGUCCCUGGGCCUGGAUGGAAAUUAAAUGGCAGUUA